AUGUAUCCAUCUUGGCCGUUUGGGUUUCGGUCAUUGUCAUAUUCUCUGUCAUUUUUGGUCGCCCAGACGAAGAGGCAUCAAUAUUAUCCAAUAUGAUAUAUGAGGAUGUAAAUGUCAAAAGGAUUCCAUAUUUUCCAAGACGUAAAAUCAAUUCUUCCGAUGAAAUCAAAAAACAUCCAGAAUAUUCUAGAUAUUAUGAUUUUAUGGAUUGUCUUAAUCAUACAGUCGGCCUGGAAAUAAUGGACACACCAAUCAAUGCAGCCACUGUUCUACAGUUUAUCACAGCAUUCUUUUCAGUUACAGCUUUGUUUUACCAGAAAAAGAAAUAACAUUAUGCAUAUGUUAAUUUUUCUUUUCAAAAAAAUAAAAAAUAAUAAUAUUGUAAAUUGAUUGUCG